ACAGGCACACUGAAUAUUUUCUCAGCGUUUUAAACAAGUUUUGUUUAUAUUGCACCACUACUUUUGAACUGUUUGAAGUCAGGGUUAGAUUGUGAUAUGCAAGGAGGGGCUGACGUAAAGCUUGAAGUUCUGGAUGGAUGGCUAGAUGAGGUUGAUGAAGUUGAUGAUAUUCAUGCAGCCCAGGCCCUCUCUUGUACAUACGACGAAGAUUUUCUUUUGGGUGAACUUUAUUGUUUUGUAUAAUUAGCUUUUAGGUUGUGAUAGCCUUUAUAUUAACACUAAUACUGUGUUAAUUUCUCCUCCUUUCCAUGCUGGUUUUUUCUUGAGUGCAGAUGUUGAAAUUCCUGAAAAACUUUUUGAAUUGGAUUAUGGUCGUCAUAAAGGACGAAAUAUAGGCAAUUCAAGUACAGAAAGCCUUUCUCCUGGAUUUAGCGGAAGUAGUAAUAGCACCGGUGGGAUUUCAGAAUCACCAAUUGGAACUGUUCAAGAAUCUGACUGCAAGAAUGGUUUGCUUGGGAAGUCAGUUCAUUUUGAGUGUGGGUAUGAGGCACCAGUUACCAAUGAAACACAUCCUACUGCAGACAAUCUGCACAAUCGUCAUGAAUCUUUGGAUGAUGAUGAUGAUGAUGAUGAAAAACCUUUAGUGAGUCUCAUAUUGUCUAACAAAAAGGCAAAAGGCUCUACAAGGUUAGCCAAAGGAGGCAUGCUUCUCAGACAGAAGAGACUCCGCAAGCCUACUCAGAGGUAUAUUGAUGAAUCUUCAAGGAUCUCUUCUGCUGCUCCAAGGGGUAAACGUCUGAAAGUUCAACAUGACAAUGAACUUCCUGAAGUGCCAUCUGAAACACGGUCACUGAGAGGGAGUUCCAAAAAAGUUGUACCUAGAUUGGAGCUACAUUCUGAUGAUGACCUUACUGCCUCUGACUAUGAAGAUGACAAGAAGACGACAAAACGAUCUAAAUUGAUUGGUGAUAGGAGGAAGCAUCAAAGGAUGUGGACCCUUGAGGAGGUGGUUAAAUUGGUUGAUGGUAUUUCUCAAUAUGGAGUUGGGAAAUGGACUGCUAUAAAAAGGCUCCUAUUCUCCUCAUCGACAUAUCGCACUCCUAUAGAUCUGAGGGACAAAUGGCGGAAUCUUGUAAAAUCUAGCUGUGGGCAUAAACAGAAGAGGAAAGAGGUUGAGCACAACUUGAAGCAAACAGCGCGCCCCCUGCCAAAGACUGUUCGACGCCGUGUCUGUGAACUUGCUACUAUUCACCAAUACCCAAAGAUUAACAGCCCAAAGAUUGAUCAUGUUACCCCAGCCAAGCAUCCUGCAAGAGCCAAAGUUGCUCAACUUAGCCUACGGGAAAAGAAUGUACAUCGGAAGAAUAGUACUUGAAGAUUCCAUGUUUCAGACUGCAGAUAAAUCAAUCAACAGCAAGUUCAAUUGUAAAGGCUGUUUCACCCCCAAAGUUCCUCCUUUCACCCACCUGCAGAGUCUGCACUUAUACAUGUUUUCAGAUCAUUAGGAUUAUUCAGUAAAUGUUGCAUAACUAGUUACAGGUUUCAAUACCAAUUGCCGGAAAUCUGGUCAACUAAUGUUUAAAGAAGGGUAGUGUCUUCCUUUUGCAGGGUACCAGCAAGAUUUAGAGAAAAAUGAUGAGCCUAAGAUAUGACAGAUAUUUUUUGUUGAUUUUCUCCAUCUAGAAUUCUGGAUUCUAAACUUCUAUUCAGUUAUAUAAACGAUAAGCAAUAAU